UGUCUAUUCUGCUCUUUUCAUUUCCAGUUGUGUGAUGAGGUUGAUUUAAUGCAUCCCUGCCAAGACAACAUCUGUCGCCGCUUUAGCGAAAACUUCACUGCUGUUCUUCAAAUGACCAAGGAUUUGCCACUGAAGAAGGUCUACAUGGAGGCAAGAGAGAAUGCACUGGCUGAAGACAUUACAGGAAUUGACUUCAAGGGGGCACUUCUCUUGCCAUCCAUCUUCAAGGAGAAGAUAGAAGAUUUCAUCAUCCUUGGAGAGAAUACUCCCACGAGUCCAUACCCAACCAUUCGAAUGAAGGAUAAGAGUUGGACAACUGCCCUCUUAAGACAGUGUCGCCGUGUUGUGACAGUUGAAGGAGUGGAUGUUUGCUCGUGCCGCUCGCUGGAUGAGGCCUACAUCUCAGCAUUCUCCACCUUCUUCGUGUUCAACAUGACCUACCCUGCAUACUUCAAGAAAACACUUGUCUUUCUUCAGAACUGCAUUGUCAACAUAGGAGACCAGGGAGACAAACCCCUGCCACGCUUCACUCUGAGGACUCACAGCACUUCUCUCUGCAGCACUGACUUCAGCAGGUCCAUCAAACAGUUCAGUCCAUCGUUUGUUUCUAAGUUCGGAGACAUCAUGGGAUCAUCAUUGUCGUCUUAUGCUGGAGGGGAUCAGGAAUCCCAGGAUGAGAAGGAGCCAGAGCUCGGGGACUUGAUUGAGAUCUCCCGUGAGAACUAUGCGCACUGGGCUGUAUACGUCGGUGCUGGCUUUGUUGUUCACUUUGUAAAUCACUAUGGAGUCUCCAGCGGCGCUUCUGUCAAAGCUGCAAACAGCACUGUGCGGAAGGAGAAGAUAUGGGAUGUGGUGGGAAAAGACAAGUGGAAAAUCAACAACAGCAUGGACAGGCAAUACAAGCCACGCCCAGCUAAUGAUAUUGUGGAGGAUGCUAAAGCGUUGGUGGGCAAAGAACUGCGAUACGACGUUGUCUCAUUUAACUGUGAGCACUUUGUCACAAAGCUGCGGUACGGUGUGGCCGAAUCACGGCAGGUGGAAAAAGCAGCACUCGGAGUCGUGGGUGGUGCAGGCGCCAUCGCUCUGGCUGUACGUGCCUCUUUGGCACCUAGAAAUGGACUUAGCUCAUUUUGACUUCACCUGCUGAUCCUGAUUCCUGCUGUUCAUUCAUUUUAAACAAAUCAUUUUGAACAGUCUGGAGCUGCUGUUUUACACAAACACACACACAUAGCUGUUAGCUGUUCCCAGGACUGCGCUCU